AUGUCUGAUCUGAAGCUGGCAAAUGCAAUGAAAAAGGCACAAGGAAAUGCAACGAACAAGAAACAUGGCAGAUAUACAAUGUGCAACAGGGACAAUGCCACUCUUUGUGAGGCAUUUGUUCUCCUACAUGUUCUUGAUGGGUUCGCGGUUACUGGUGGGCGGUGGCGUUACGCAGGUGGCAUCAAGAGGCACAACUUCAAGCGUGGGUUGAUGGCGCACGGUUCCAAGAGCCAUAGGCAGCUGGGUCGUGUGUACGAGAGGAAGAUCCCCGGGAGGAUGCGCCUGCCACCUACCAAGAUCGUCGGCAAGAGCAUCCGCGAGAGCUGA